CACAAUCACAAAACUCACUUCUUCUCCACUCUCUCUUUUGAGAUUCUUCUUCCUCUGUCUGUCGGCACGAAUUUCAUUGGGUCGAAUCUGGGUUUUAGUGUAAUAAAAUCGAUUUAAGAAAGAAUCUGGAGAGGAACGGUGGAGGAUUUCGUAGGGCUUAAAGAUGAGGAGGAGCAGGAGGGUAGCUAAAAGGAGAUUGUUGAGUUGGAUAUGGCUUCUCCUUGCUGCUUUCUCUGUUGCUGGAUUGGUUCUCUUUAUGGUUCAGCAUCGUCAUCAACAACAAGAUCCAUCUCUGCUUACACUUGAAAGAGACACAAGAACCGAUAACGUAUCUCCUCCCAAUUUAAACUUCACGGAAGAGGUAACAAGUGCUUCCUCCUUCGCUAGACAGCUAGCAGAGCAAAUGACGCUUGCCAAGGCCUAUGUCUUUAUAGCCAAAGAGCACAACAAUCUUCAUUUAGCUUGGGAGUUGAGUUCUAAGAUCAGAAGCUGUCAGCUUCUUCUCUCCAAAGCAGCUAUGAGAGGCCAACCCAUUUCAUUAGAUGAGGCAAAACCGAUUGUUAGUGGCUUAUCAGCUCUUAUCUACAAGGCACAAGACGUACAUUACGACAUAGCCACCACGAUGAUGACGAUGAAGUCUCACAUCCAAGCCCUUGAAGAGCGUGCAAACGCAGCUAAUGUUCAAACCACUAUAUUUGGGCAAUCGGUUGCUGAAGCAAUACCAAAGAGCCUCCACUGUUUGGCGAUCAAGCUCACGUCAGACUGGUUAACUGAGCCAUCACGCCAUGAAGUGGCAGAUGAGAACAGGAACUCACCUAGGCUUGUUGACAAUAGCCUCUACCACUUCUGUCUCUUCACGGAUAAUGUGAUAGCUGCUUCAGUUGUUGUUAACUCAACUGUCUCCAACGCUGAUCACCCGAAACAGCUUGUUUUCCACAUAGUGACGAAUCAAGUGAGUUACAAAGCUAUGCAGGCUUGGUUCCUAGGUAAUGACUUCAAGGGCUCAGCGAUAGAGAUCCAAAGCGUGGAAGAGUUUUCUUGGUUGAAUGCUACGUACUCUCCUGUUGUUAAGCAGCUGCUUGAUACAGAUUCGGGAGCUUACUAUUUUGGUGACCAAGAAACAAACUCUGAGCCGCCAAAAGUGAGGAACCCUAAGUACUUAUCAUUAUUAAACCAUCUCAGAUUCUACAUUCCUGAGAUCUAUCCACAGCUAGAAAAGAUUGUUUUCCUAGACGAUGACGUUGUUGUUCAGAAAGAUUUGACUCCACUCUUCUCCUUAGACCUUCACGGAAACGUCAAUGGCGCCGUGGAGACAUGUCUUGAAGCCUUUCACCGUUAUUACAAGUAUCUAAACUUCUCAGACCCACUCAUCAGCUCAAAGUUUGAUCCACAAGCGUGUGGCUGGGCCUUUGGUAUGAACGUUUUCGAUUUGAUAGCGUGGAGGAAAGCGAAUGUGACUGGUAGGUAUCAUUACUGGCAAGAGGAGAACAGAGAUAGAACUCUUUGGAAGCUAGGGACUCUCCCUCCAGGUCUGUUGGCUUUCUAUGGUCUCACUGAGCCGCUAGACAGGAGAUGGCAUGUCUUAGGGUUAGGUUAUGAUGUGAACAUUGAUAACCGUUUGAUAGAAACCGCGGCUGUGAUUCAUUAUAAUGGCAACAUGAAGCCUUGGCUGAAGAUUGGUAUUGGUAGGUAUAAACCUUUUUGGUUAAAGUUUUUGAACUCUAGCCAUCGUUAUUUACAAGAUUGUGUCACAGCUUAGAAGCAAAAGACUUUUGAGAGAGUUGAGACUGAUUCUUAUACACUUUGAAGAUUCUUUUUGUCGUUUUUUUUUUUGGGAAUGUUUUGUAGAUUUCAGAAAGUUUGUCAGGUUUCAGAUAUUCUCUGAAGACUGUUGUUCUCUUUUUAUGGUCUGAAGAGCAAGUUAUAAUCACACAUUAGAGGGUCCAUGAUGUACUUAUGGUUUAAUAGAUUACAGGGAUACUUAUUUUUUGUGAGUUUUUGUUUUAUUUAUUUUUAUCUCCAA